UGAUGCCUUCGGCAAGCAGGGCUAUAAAACCACUUGACCAGCUUCUGCUCACCAAGAGAGCAGGACGCUGCAGCUCAGCAUCUCCCAAGCUAUGAAUGCCAAUGGAGUGGCCGCUGUGGCCAAAAGCUACCAGACAUUCAACCCGAGGGCCUACUUGCAGAACAACUAUAUGCCCCCUCGCGCCAACUUCACCAGUGAGGAGUUUGCAGUACCAUGGAAACUCCGUUGCCUGGCAGAUGCCUUUGCCACAGGGGAGAUCCAUGGCCAUACCAUCAUUGAUAUUGGCACGGGCCCCACUAUCUACCAGUUGCUUAGUGCUUGUGACUACUUCGAGGAGAUUGUGGCCACUGACUACCUGGAAGUGAACCGGGCCGAGAUCUACAGCUGGGUACAUGGCAAUGAUUCGGGCACCUUUGACUGGUCUCCUUAUAUCCAGCAUGUUUGCAGAAUUGAGGGCAAAGGGGAGCCAUGGAAAGAAAAAGAGCAGAAGCUGAAGAAGAAGCUCACCAAGAUCCUUCCCAUUGACGUCCACCAACCCAAACCCCUGGGCUUUGUGCUCAGCCAGCCAGCCGAUGCCUUGGUGUCUGCUUUCUGCCUUGAGGCUGUGAGCCCCGACCGCCCAAGCUUUGACCGGGCACUCCGGAACGUCACCACCCUUCUCAAGCCUGGAGGCCAUUUCCUCAUGAUUGGGGCUUUGGAAGAGUCUUUCUACUUGGCUGGAGAAGCCAAGCUGUCUGUAGUGCCCAUGAGAGAAGCAGAUGUCAAGGAAUCCUUCUCCAAGAGUGGCUAUUGCGUCCACAACUUCCGCUCCUACAGCAUGCCACCGAGCCUGAAGAUUGGUGUGGAUGAUGUACAGGGGAUCUUUUUCAUCCAUGCACAGAAGUCAGCUUGAUUCCAGUUUGCUCAGAA